ACUCGUAAGCGUGUCAUGAUAAUAAUAUUGUUAUUGUCCUUGCUCUUUUCUGCUUGAGAAGGUUUGGUUUGUUUGAUAGUUUGAGACACUGUACAUGUGUUUUUGUACAAUACCACCGACCAAGUCAUCGUCCUAUCCCAACGCCGCAGCCAAGUCGAAGUCUAGCCGCGAGCUAAGGGCUAACAAGUGGCCACGUUGCAAAGCUCCCCAGCGACUUGUCUCCGCGAGGCGGAAAGCUAACGAGCGCGAGCGAGCGAAUCAGCAGUCGGAAGCAACGGAAGACGUCCGUUGCAUUUUCUGGAAAGAUAGGAACGAUAUCUUUUGUCCGAAUGUAGAUGACAGUAUUGUAAUAUUCAUAGCGUACAUCUCUUUGCUGAAGAAAGUUGUGGAAAAAGGAGAAUUGCCAUCGCCCGAAACAAGCGGAUAUUGUAACUUUUCCGGCGCUCAAACUACUCCUGGGCAGACGAAUAUGUCGACUGGGUCCGGCGGAAGCAGGCUCUUGCAGCCCAAGAGAACCGAACUAGCUCACGAAGAGAAAGAUGACGGCACAGUCGAAGGUGGGAUCGGCGAGGUGAAUGAUGCAAGUCCACCAUACCGAGGCAGACAAGAGCACCGGUACAGUCCAGCAGCUACACGACCUUUGACAGGACCAUCCUAUCCUACAGUACCCCAAGAUCACCAGGAGUUCUUUUCACCAUGGACAUGGUCAUGGAGCACGGAGAACAUUCGGAAAAUGCCCCAGGAUCAGGAGCAGGUUGCUGCUCAUACCGCGCAGCAACCAAGAUCGCCCUAUGAUCAUGAUGAUCAGCUACAUACGAUCACAUCCACUCCUCUGGCAGCUGUAAGCAGUGGCAGUGCAAAUCCAUCAGAGCAGCAGGCGAGCCACUCGAACAUGAUGCUUCCUGCCCCACACUCUACAUCAUACACACAAGCCAUAGAUAUGCAACCCAGAGGGGGCAGAAGGCGUGACAUUAGCCACACUCCCAUCAACAGCAGUGUCAGGCAGCCAGCUCUGAAUGAGAAUGCUUCUCUGUAUGCUAGCUCCAGUGCACUGGACCAUGCUGGGAGUGGACCGGCUGUCAAUGCCACUGACAUGGACUCUUUGCAAUCUGUGCGGUCUGUUCCUCAUGUGUCUUCCAGUGCUAGCAACCUGACCCAUUCAGGUAGUGUGAGCAUAGAGAUGCCUAUAGGUAGGCCCCUGCAUGGUUAUAUUAUGACUCAGCAGCAGCAGCCUACAGCAGCCACGCAAAAUACCUCACAAGCUAUGUCCAGUAGACAAGCAAUGGCAAGGCAAGAACCGCAUGCUGACCAAAGGGCCCUGCAACACAUACCUCCAGCACCAGCAGCCACCUUUCCACUCCUGCCUUUCUCCUCCUCACCAGUGCCAGCCAGGCUGCAUACAACAUUCCACAGUUCACCACAGCACAGCAGCAUGACCACUGGUACUAGCAAGAGCAGUGCACAAAGCGUGUUAGCAGCAGCAGCAGCACAAGCAACAGCUGAAGGACGUACAGACCGUAGUUAUGUGGCUGAAACUAGAGUUGCUGAUACAGCCCCACUCCAAGAUCGUUCUGCAGGCCAGCAGCUGCCAAACCUGCAGACCCUUCAUCUACAGGAAGGGCAACAACAAC